UUUGAGGAACAGGGAGGGGGCACUGUCCCCUACUUACACGUUGAGAGAGAGAGAGAGAGAGAGGACUCCGCCUGUACCACGCUGUCAUCGUGAUGCUCCAGAGGAAAAAAGACGGCAGAGGCAAACCAACCGAAACCGAGCGUCUACCGUCGGCCUUAAUAGCGAAAAUUGGUGAACCCGAGAAGUGGAUCUGUUUCAGGCGGUGCUGGAGCAACGACGACCGCCGACAAAAAGCCCUCAAGGGCCACCGAUAAAAAGCACAUCCGAGGGUGCCUGCAGCGAUGAGCGGCUUGCACGAUUUGCCCGGAUGGGGGCCGCUGCCGCCAUAUCCGCGCAGCGUUUCUUGAGGUGUGGCUGAGAAAACGUCAGGAAGAUCCUGUCAGCCGAAACGACACGACGAGGAAGAGGAGGAGGUGGUGGUGGUGGUGGCGGUGGUGGAGUGCUGAUGGAAAAGAUGUCCGCCUCGGUGGGGCCACAGAGCGGCCCUCGCCCACCCACCGUGCCGCCAUCCAUGCCAGAUCUUCCGGAUUUGAGCCACCUCACCGAGGAGGAGCGGAAAAUCAUCAUGGCAGUGAUGGCUCGGCAAAAGGAGGAAGAGGAGAAAGAACGAGCCAUGUUAAAAACACUGCACCAGCAGUUUGAGAGCUAUAAACAGGAGGUGCGUCGCAUCGGGGCGGACACACGGCGUCAGCAGACCCAGCAAAAGGAUGACGCACCCACCUGCGGCAUUUGCCGUAGGACCAAGUUUGCAGAUGGCUGCGGUCACUUGUGCUCCUACUGCCAAACCAAAUUCUGUGCCCGUUGUGGAGGCCGAGUCUCCCUGCGCUCCAACAAUUGUAUCAUAGUAAAGGAUAGGGUAAUGUGGGUAUGCAACCUGUGCCGUAAGCAGCAAGAGAUUCUCACCAAAUCAGGAGAAUGGUUUUCAGAGUCAGGGGUGCAGCCUGGGAGCCUGGGCUCCACCUUGAAUGACCCAACCAGGGUGGGCGAAGCCCAACGGGAUAGGAAGCUAUUCCGCUCCAAGUCUCAAGUCCCGUCAUCUACAACUACCAGCAAUACUGAGCUGCCACCCGGGAUGCAAGGACCCGCUGGUGGUACUUCCCCGAAGGCUCCAGACAACAUGCCUGGUACUCGCUCUCAAAGUGUACCACCUCGAGAAAAAAAAAGGCCAGUGUCAUACCAUGAACAGAAUGGUAAGGGGCAUGGUACUGGCCGGAGACCUGCUGGAAAGCUACCAACUCAGUCUUCUUUAGAUGAGAGGGUUGGCCCUGGGGACCGAAGAGAGAGACGGCCAAGAGAUGGUCACAGGCUGGAAAAGAUACAUUCUCAGGAGUACGGUGAUGGGGAGGACAACUUGGGUCACUUGGAAAGAAAUCGGAGACGACCAGUCGAUGAUGAACAAAGGGAGCGGCAGCAACGUGAGGAGGAGUUCCAGAACCGUUACCGUAGUGAUCCCAACCUUGCCCGAUACCCUGUGAAGCCACAGAAGGAGGAACAGGAGAUGCGCAUGCACGCCAAGGUAUCCAAGGUCCGCCAUGAACGGAGACACAGUGAUCUUGCAAUCAACGAGGUCGGACUAGGGCCCGGUGAAGGGGGAGGCUGUGAAGUGCAGGUCUCUGAAAACCGUCUGAGCAGGAGAGGAACUCGCAAAGCCCAAUUAGAAAAUUAUCGAGCUUACUCUGUUGAAAGGACCGCGGGGGAACCAGGAGGACCGUUGCCUCCAGAAAAGAAGGACUGCUUUGAGCCAGGUUUAACACAAAUGGCAAGAGAAAAAGAUAGGGACAACUUGUUGAGGAAGGACUCACAAAGUUCGGAACAGUCUGAGUCUUUGCGUCCGCCCCCUUCGCGGUCGUACAAGAGCAAGCGCGGAGUAAACAAGAGGCAGAUGUCCAUCAGCAGCUCAGAGGAGGAGGGCGGCUCCACGCCUGAGUACACCAGCUGUGAGGACGUUGACAUGGAAAGCGUUAGCGAGAAAGGUGACUUCGACUGUCAUCCACUUGAUCCAACAGUUUGGCAUCAUCCUGUCACGUGGCAGCCAUCGAAAGAGGGCGAUCACCUGAUAGGACGCAUCACGCUGAGCAAGCGAUCAUCCAUGCCACGGGAAGCUGGGUCACUUCUGGGCCUAAAAGUUGUAGGUGGGAAGCUGACAGAGACUGGAAGACUUGGGGCCUUCAUCACCAAAGUAAAAAAAGGAAGCCUGGCAGAUGUCGUGGGACAUCUAAGAGCAGGUGAUGAAGUGUUGCAGUGGAAUGGGAAGUCAUUGCCAGGAGCAACCAAGAAAGAGGUUUACAACAUCAUUCUUGAAUCAAAAGCCGAGCCUCAAGUGGAACUAGUUGUUUCAAGACCGAUAGGAGAUAUUCCUAGAAUCCCAGAGUCAUCACAUCCUCCGCUCGAAUCUACAGGUUCGAGUUCCUUUGAGUCACAGAAAAUGGAGCGUCCAACUAUAUCAGUGAUGUCCCCAACAAGCCCAGGAACCCUCAGAGAACUUCCUCUGGUGCUGCCUGGACAACUGUCAGUGAAACUGUGGUAUGACAAAGUAGGCCAUCAGCUCAUCGUCAACGUCCUUCAAGCCAUAGACCUGCCAUCCCGACCGGAUGGACGACCUCGGAACCCAUAUGUCAAGAUGUACUUCCUGCCUGACAGAAGUGACAAGAGUAAACGUCGGACGAAAACAGUGAAAAAGAGCGCAGAGCCCAAGUGGAAUCAGACCUUCAUAUAUUCACAUGUUCACCGGCGAGACUUUCGCGAACACAUGCUAGAGAUCACCGUUUGGGACCAACCCAGCGUCCAGGAAGAGGAAAGUGAAUUCAUUGGUGAGAUCCUGAUAGAGUUGGAGACCGCCUUGUUGGAUGACAUCCCUCACUGGUAUAAACUCCAGACACAUGACGUGUCCUCGAUACCUUUGCCUCAGCCAUCCCCAUACCUUCCACGCAGACAUGCCCAUGGAGACAGCCCCAGCAAGAAACUCCAAAGGUCUCAUCGCAUCAUUGAUACAGAAUUUGAUGAUGGGUUGAUGAUAGUGACUAAAGGAGGGGAACGUACUUCAAGGGAAAGAGAGCGAGGCAGUACGUUGGCUGUGCCUGAACAGCAGCGUGCCCUUCAGCAUCGCUCUCGCUCUGUAUCUCCUCACCAAGAGGAUUCGUGCAGGGCGAGGUCGCGGCCUGCGCAUGUGCCCAUGCAAAGGAGCCUGGAUGAGAUUCAUCAGAACCGCCACCACUCCCAGUCCCCCUCCCAUUACCACGAUUCCCAUUCAGAGCAUCAACACUCCGGUGACUCUGACUAUGAGUGCUCUGAAGACAGUGAGGCCCUGGAGAUGCACAGGUCAAUCCGAGGCGGAAGUGCAGAGUGCCUACACACAAACAGGGCUGCAUGUAAACUUAGCAACACACUCCCUCCCAAAAUGCCCCUGUUAGUAAAUGGUAUCCAUAAAGACAUGUACAGUUCCACUCUCCCUGCAUGUCUAAGGAGCAAGCUGCCCGAAAGGCAAGAGGCAGGCAACAGCGUGCACCGUAGUAUCUUUGCACACCGUGUCCUCAGGUUCACUGAUGAGGUCACAGUUAGUGACCUGCAGCCAUCGUUGGAUAGAGUGAGGAGUGCCAGCACCACAUGUUUGAGACCAGACACCAACUUUCACUCUUCUGACAGAGACAGGUGCUCCAAUUCAUUGCCCUGCAAGAUCCCCUCAAAUCCCCGGAUCUUAGUAGAACAUGUGGCCUCUGAAGAAGACAGGGAGUGUAGCAAUACAUCAAAUCCAGACUGUCUAAAAGGCAGCAAAAAAACCCUGGAGGGUGACAGUCGCAUCCAGCCCACCUCUAUCCUCAGGGGCAGUAGGGGCAAAGGUUGGCCACUGAGACCCUUUGGCGAAACAGCUGUGGCUGAGUCCUCUCCAAACUCUCCGCAGACAGACAGAACACACCCUCAUGGUAGCCAUUCUUCCCCAAUGGGGACUCCCUCAUCAGGUCGCAGGGGCCGGCAGCUUCCACAGCUCCCGGCUAAAAGCAGCACCAUCGAACAAGCCCUAGCAGAUGAAGAGCGAGCCCGACAGCUGCAUAUGAAAGUACAUUCCUACCGGCCUUCAGCUUCCCAUAACUCUGAGUCGGACCUCAAGAAUAAACGGGAGAUGUUUGCAGAACAGCGACGUAGCAGCGACAACAUGUCUGCAAGGUCGUCAGACAGUGAUAUGAGUGAUAUGUCGGCUCUCUCCCGUGCCAGCAGUGCCUCUCGCCUCAGUAGCACCAGCUACAUGUCUAUCCAGUCAGAGCGUCCGGGGGGACGUCUUAGAUCGAAAUCAUUAGAAGAGGAUAAAAAAGACAGGAGGAUCUCAUGGGGGGUGACUAGAGAAGAGGAGAGGAAGAGGGCGGCAGGAAAGAGACGUUUCUCAGAAGAAUUGAAACGCAGGAGACACACUGUAGCUGGAGAAACUGAGGAGUCCAGUCGGCAGAUGAGAGCAUCGCCGGGACGCAACAUGCAGAAGAGCUCCAGUGUUAGUGGGGAGAUUUACACGCAGGAGCGCACCGAUGGCAGCCAGUCAGACACAGCACUUGGCACAGUGGGCGGAGGCAGCAAGAAGAGACGCUCAAGCCUCAGUGCAAGAGUGGUGGCCAUUGUUGGAAACCGCCGCAGUCGUAGCACUUCGCAGAUAAGUGGUCCUGAGGCAAAGACUAAGAAGGAGAAAGGAGCACCCAUCCAGCGGAGUACAGAGACUGGUAUGGCAGUGGAGCUGACCAGAAACAUGAGCCGGCAGCCCAGCAGAGAGUCCAACAAUGGCAGCAUGAACAGCUAUAACUCUGAGGGGAAUAUCUUCUCCGGGGUCAAUCUGGGAGCAAGCAGCCAGUUCAGCGACUUUCUGGAUGGCCUUGGUCCGGCUCAGUUGGUGGGAAGGCAAACACUUGCGACACCUGCAAUAGGUGAUAUACAGAUAGGUAUGAUGGAAAAAAAGGGUCAGCUGGAGGUUGAAGUUAUCAGAGCACGAGGUCUUGUACAAAAACCAGGAUCGAAAUCCCUCCCAGCACCUUAUGUCAAGGUCUACUUGUUGAAUAAUGGAGCAUACGUAGCCAAAAAGAAAACCAAGAUUGCACGGAAAACACUUGACCCACUGUACCAGCAAGCGCUGCUGUUUGAGGAAAGCCCACAGGGUAAAGUCUUACAGGUGAUCGUAUGGGGGGACUACGGCCGCAUGGACCAUAAAAGCUUCAUGGGAGUUGCACAAAUCCUCCUGGAGGAACUGGACUUAUCAAGCACAGUAAUCGGUUGGUACAAGUUGUUCCCACCUUCCUCUUUGGUGGAUCCUACUCUGGCUUCCCUCACACGGCGAGCUUCUCAGACGUCACUCGACAGCUCCUCCGGACCGCCCGGGGUCCGAUCCUAGUGGGCCAAUAGCUCAAGACUACUCUGCGAAUUACUAACUCAUGACCUGGACCGUAAGAAGGGAGACAAACUUGCAGCAGGACAUGUAGUGCAACAACAAUCACGCAACAAGAGAGCUUUGUUGAGAUCUGACAAUCACUCCAAUUGUGGUUCAUUCCGUCUGUUCCGGGGAGUACCGUUUUUCAGUGUUCAUCACAAUUUCAAGAAAGGUCUCUGUUUUUCCUUUGUGCACGCUGAAGAUCGGGGGCUGUCUCCAGACGACAGGCGGUAGCUUUCAAGUUGAGCUGAUGAGGUGAACACGAGAUAAUGCCAAGUGACAAACGAAGCAGGGUGGCUUUUAGUAAAGCAAUGAAAUGUACGUAAGCAUUGGAAUGUAUGAACUCAAGACAGAGGUCACCUCCUCCUGCCCCCACAUCUGCGGAUGUGAGUGUAGUGGCAUCCUAUCUGCAGGGGCCUCAGCUAGAACCCCAUCAGACUGCCAGCACCUCUGCCCACGAGGAGGGUGCUUCCACAUGGGUAUUUAGUCUGGAAGCACAGGGCCUUCUUCUGGUGCCUACACCCUGAAGCCGCGUCACUGGUCCCUCUCUCUCUCUGUCUCUCUCUCUCUGUCGAAAGGUCCUCUUUUCAAAAUGUUUACCGUGGCUGCCCGAAAGCCAUACUUGUCUUUGUGCGUUUGCUUGGUUGUCUUUUUUUUUUCUCUGUUACUUUUGCACAAAAUGAUUUUAGAGUGUGUUCAAUGCUUAUGAACGUUGUCAGUCCGGUGUGUGCAUGGAGAGAAAAUGCGAUUCAAAAAAAAAAAAGGAUAUGGAACUAUUUAUUGUCUGCAAGUCUUGUUCAGGUAUCGGGGACUGGUGAUUAAGACACAUCCUAGAUUUUUAAACAUGUGAUUAAAUGAAGUUGUCCUUGUAAAGAUGUGUGUGUAUUAGGCAUCCCAGGAGGUUGACCAAGAAAUAAAAAAUUGUGUUACGACUAUUCAACGUCACAGAAAUACACCAUCACUCUAAAACAUGAAAAGGGAAAUCUUUUUUUUUUAAACCAAAGGAAGACUUGGAUAUUAGUCAAAUUACCCUCACUCGAGCAUGUUUAAAUAUUUUUUUAUUGAACCUUUAUUUUAUGUUUUGGGGGAAUUAAACACAAGGACAAGAGCUUGAUUUUUUUUAUAAAUAAAAGGUUAACUUAGAAAACAUAGUUUUGAAAAAAUAAAUAAAACUAAAACUCACACACUGGUUCUGUUCAUUUUUGUGUAGUUAGUAGACAACAGAAAAGAGAAAUUGCUCACACUUUUCAUUGUGCUACACUGUUCAUACGAAAGUCGCCCAUCGGACUGAUGAGUUAGGACAACAACUCAUUAUUCUCACCUUGUAAGAAAGGGGACUGUUUGACCUGCAUGCAAUGUUUUGUUUUUUUUGUAAAAACAGCUACAUGAAAAAAAAGAUGCCGAACUAGACUUGUGUGGGUUUUUUUCCACUUACUUUAGGGCCGCUUGUAUGUUGCAUGCAGUUGUACAGUUUGCUCGUAAUUGAAUAUUCAAGAAGUAAAACCAAGAAAAGGAAGCCAUUCUCAUCACAAAUGCAUUGGAAAUCCCAACUGCAAGUCUAUGCCAUGUCCGUCAGUCAGGUGCUGAACGUCUCUCAAACAGAAUCGGAAGAUUACGUUGACGUUGUUCCUCAUACUCUCUAACAGAAGUACUGUAGUUCCUGAGCAAGCAGACCUCACAACCCUUCCUGCUGUUAUUCCACAUCAUUGUAUACCUCCGAGGAGCUGGUGUAUCAAUAAACAUGUACAGUGCAAAUGCAAAUCAGAUCUACUUAUAUGGAACUUAAGAUAAUGUUGUCAGAUAGGAUAUUAUGAUGUAUAAAAGUUUAAAAAAAUGCAGAACUAGUGAUACACUGCAAAUAUUCAACAGACCCUGGGGCGAAGUAAUUUCAUGAGGAUUUAUUCAUCUGCUGUUGGGGACCAUGCAGUCAUGCCGUGGGACAACUCAAGGUCAUAGACUUGGGUUUGCCACGUUGUAAACCAUGAAAACAAGCAAGUCUGUAUGAGAUGUUCACAAUGAUCACUUCAACUUUAAACACUGUAUGAAUCCCAGUCCAGUCCUGUUCAACUUUGAAACUUUUUUUUCUUCUCGCUGUCAGUAUUAACAGGAAAACAUUGAUUGUUUGAUUGAUUGAUGUGUUCUACUGAAAGAAAAUUGGAAAAAGAAGUCAGGCAUUGAUUGCAUCAUUCCUUCUUUGUAUAACAGCUGUGGCUGAAAUGAUGUGUAUGUUUUAUAUUUCAAAAGGUUAAUUUUUAUUAUUUACAAAUAAAAAGAAUGUGUGGAAGAAAA